AUGAGAGUGGGCAAAGGCUGUGGACGGUGUCGCCAUCGCCAUAUCCGCUGCGUUAUUCCCUCGGGAGCAUCGGCUUGUGCCCCCUGUACUCGUCUCGGUCGUGACUGUCAACUGGACCCGCGUUUCCAAUUCAAGGCCGUGCACCAUGUCUACCAGAAAAGUCAAGGCUCGGCAGCUCGAUUCGACCUGAUUUGGGAUAAUGAGCAGGUAUGGGUGGAUGUGUCAAAACCCGUGACGUUCAUCCUAGAGGCUGAUGAAUCCAAUGACAACAAGGAUGACGAGACACCCAGAGAAAAACCUAUGACCCCGUCUUGGUCAGCACAAGAAGUUUUGUAUGCAAACAAUGAUAUGAUGGCGGAACCGCGACCAGCCAUGCAGCCUCUGUCGCAGGAGGAAGGUAGAGGGCAGCAGCAUUUGGCUAGUGCUAGCCCAAAGCCAUGUCCGCAAGGUCAAGGGUCUGCCUUGUCGCUCCGAGAAGCGUCUCUUAUGCGGUGCUUCAUUCAAAAGAUUGCCCCCUGGGCGGACAUUUGUGAUCCUCAAUCCCACUUUAGUACGCUAGUGCCCCAACGUGCCCUGCAAGUUCCCAUGGUGUUGAAAGCGGUCCUUGCACUGGCCGCUCGACAUGAUGCCAUAAUGACCGGGAAUAGCGACUGGGAGGCCUCCUCCUAUCUCGGGCAAUGUCUCGAAUUACUGAUACCAGCGCUGGACAAGCCCGAGCACACCUAUGACGAGAGCCUUUUGAUCACGGUGGUUAUCCUGCGGAUCUGUGAGGAGCUUGAAAAUAAUACCGAUGAGAAGUUCCAUCUUCUCGGAUCAAAUCGUUUGAUUAAUCUUAUGUCUCGCUCGGCAUCUUCCGGUGGACUAGCAGAAGCUGUGAGUUGGCAGUUCUUGCGACAGGCCAUUUACGCAUCUAUCGUGCAGCAUCAGCCCCUGCAGCUGAACCUGCACAAUUAUGAGUGCUCCGCCAUGUUUCAACGAAACGACGACGCCGCCGUUGCCAACAUGAUCGUUUUUCAUUGCGCCCAUAUAAUCCAACUCUGUCGCGAUGUGCCUAGGCUGCCAGUCGAUGAACCUAUGUGGCAUCGCAUUUCCAAUUCCGUGGAGGAGUGGAAUCGCUCAAAGCCCCCAACUUGGCAGCCGCUUCGAUACCAACCUCCAGACACUGCUGCCGACCGACCGUUUCCUGAAAUAUGGAUGAUGUCAGGUCCUGCGGUUGUUGGAAUGCAAUACUUUCACACCGCAAGAAUCUUUAUAACUUUGUCGGAUCCCCAUUCACAGCAGAUGAGUGACUAUGAGCUCGCUCGGAGCCGACGCGUAGCAGAGCGAACAAUCGCCACCCAUAUACUGACCGUAGUGGGAUUAUCAUGGUCAAAUGAGAGCGUCGAAAAUGGGUACUUCAUGGCCUGUCACCUUCUGCAUCGUUUCGGCUACUGCCUCCACCAUCCAGCUGAGCAACAGGGAUCAUUGCGAUUUUUAAGUCGGGUUGAAGAAGUAUUAGGUUGGCGAACGGCGUGGAUCAAGAAUCUACUUGAGCACCAGUGGACUGAAUUAGCUAAGGUAGAUCAACUCAAUCGCUGA